AUGGCUGAAGCGAUGCAAGAAGAGCAACAGCAACAACCCCAAUCUUUAGAUCAAAAUAUGGAAACAGAAGAGAUCAAUCCUGAACGAGAACGCUUUUUGCUAGAAUUGGAAUUCAUACAGAGCAUCUCGAAUCCUUUUUAUAUUACUCGUUUGUACCAACCCGUUUUCUUUUGCAAUCUGUCGUUUCACUUUGAUUUUUCGACAAUCCUAUUCAAUAAAUUUAAUUUCUCAUGCAAUGAAUCAAUGAAAACCAAAGAUUUAGCGCAGAAAGGAUUUCUGGACGAUCCUGCGUUCAUUAAUUACCUCAAAUAUUUACAAUACUGGAAAAGACCCGAAUACGCAAAAUUCAUCAUAUAUCCACAUGCUCUUCAUUUUCUUGAUCUAUUACAAAACGAGACAUUUCGUGACUCUAUGAAAGUGGAGGACACGGCGAGUUGGGUACACAUCGUACAAUACUGGCAUUUUCAUGCGUGGUCCAACUUACAUGUGCGUAGUUCUCGUGGUCCGGUUGAUCCAUUGGAAACGGCUCGAAAAGAAUUAGAAAUGCAAAAUCAACAAGAUCAAGGACAAGGACAGCAACAGCAACAGCAGCAAUUAAAUGGGAUUCCAGUGCAAGGACAAUCCUCAAGUAUAGUCAAUGGAUUUCCCUCUGAUGCAACAAGUCAUGGUGGUGGUGGUAUUGGAGGAGCUCGAAGUGGAAUGAAUGGCUUUCAAGUCAGUCCACAAGGAGAUCUUUGCAACGAUGGGUACAAAGUAACGGCUCGGUUUAAUUUUACUAAUGCUGGUGCUGGUCAGUCGAAUAUAAGAGCUAUAGGAGCAUCUGCUGCAACAGUCGCCAUGGUCAUAGGAGGAACCGGUUAUUAUUUGUAUUCGAACCCGAUUCAUGCCAAUAUGGUUGAUGAGGGUUUACACCCACCUGCCUAUCCUUGGUCACAUAAAGGUGCACUCAGCACUUUUGAUCAUGCCAGUAUUCGUCGUGGUUAUCAAGUCUACAGAGAAGUUUGCUCGCAAUGUCAUUCACUUGAUCGAAUCGCUUGGCGUUCAUUAGUCGGUGUGAGUCAUACAGUCGAGGAAGUAAAAGCCAUGGCUCAGGAGUUCGAAUAUACUGAUGGACCAAAUGACGUGGGUGAUAUGUUUCAACGGCCGGGGAAACCAUCCGAUUAUAUGCCACGUCCAUAUCCCAACGAUGAGGCAGCACGUGCUGGCAAUGCUGGAGCUCUUCCACCGGAUCUUUCAUUGAUAGUUAAAGCACGUCAUGGGGGAGCGGAUUAUAUAUUUUCACUGCUCACAGGCUAUGUUGACCCACCAGCUGGUGUCCAACUCCGAGAAGGGCUAAAUUAUAAUCCUUAUUUCCCCGGCAGUGCUAUUGCGAUGGCACGCGUUUUAUUUGAUGGUUUGGUUGAAUACGAAGAUGGAACCCCUGCAACUUCCUCACAAAUGGCAAAGGAUGUGACAACGUUCCUUUGUUGGGCUUCGGAACCGGAACACGAUGAGCGUAAAAAAAUGGGAGCAAAGGCAAUAGUUAUCAUAUCGGCUUUGUUUAUACUAUCGAUUUGGUUGAAACGAAAUCGGUGGAGUGUACUCAAAUCUAGAAAGAUUGUGUAUGCGCCUCCAAGACAAUAA